UCCUCAACGAAAGCGAAGAGGUGAACGUUUUGCUGGAAAAGUCCACACAGAGAACCAUUGAAACUAUAGUCGAUCAGCUGAUCAUUCGCCAAAGAAGUCGACUAGUACACCGAGCUAUUGAAGAGGCGGCAGCAGCCGCGGGAGGCAGUACUACUGUUGUUGAUGGCAAUGGCAAUGGCAAUCGGAAAUUGGCUGCCAUCACUGCGACCACCACAAACUCUACCAACAAUACAGCAAGUGCUACUACAUUCCAACAACAACAGCAACAACAACAACAACAGCAAACCCUGCAAAUACUUUCUCCGA